AUGAGUAAUCAACAGGCCACAGUAAAUGAACAACCUAGUAGCCAAAUCAAUCGUAGUAAGCAGGUGCCAUUUGGCUUAUUGAUCCCUAUCUUGAUUCCCCAACUUGCCAAAGAUAGAGCAAUGCAACUUACAACAUUAUUUAACAAAUUGAAGAAAGAUGAAAUACCCAUAGAUCAUUUUGUACGGCUUAUGAAAGGGAUUGUGGGGGAUCAGAUGCUUAGAAUAGCAUUGACGAAAGUGCAACAACAAACAAAAGCCAACGCAGGUUCUUCUGGACAGCAGCACCCUGUAAGGAUGCCAACGGUUACUUCCAGUGGAACAAAAUUUAAUGAUCCCCAUGCAUUAGCACAACUGCAUCAGAGAAGUAUGAAUCCUGUUGCAGACCAUUCUCAUAAUACUUCUUCAGCUAUCCAAGUGAAGAGUGAACCGACCUAUUCAACUAUGGACAUUGGUGCUAAAAAGUCUCUGGAACAUGAUGUUCGAGUUGUGCAACCAAAUCAAUUACCAUCAUCAGCUACUGGUUCGUCAUCUCUCAGACCACAACCUCAUCCUCAUGAUUCACACAUAAGGCAAAUUCCUCAUCAGAAUAUUGGUUUAAAUCACUUGGGUGUAGAACGACAAAGUUCUUUCACUGAUCCUAAGAGAAUGCCAGGUGGAUUUGUGUCGACUGGUGUAAACAAUACAGCACCACAACAAACUUCAACUUCUUGGCAACCUUCAGCAGAACAAAAUUCUGGCUUGUUUUCAUCUGUUUCAUAUGUAAAAAAGGAACCUAACGACCUUUCUAUUGAGCAGCAACAUGAUAAAAGCAUCAAUUUGGCAGAAGAUGGCAGGGAGAGCUAUAAUCUUGAUAUUGAGAUUGAUCAAGGGACUGUUGGCACAUCUCAACAAGCUGAAAGUGGAUUGCCAGAUGCAUUUGACAUAUCUCUGUCUCACUUUGCUCUCGUUUUAGCACUUGAAAAUGAAUCUGGUGGUAUCCAAGAAAUUGUACUGGAGGUUGACAUCCGUCUAACAUUUAAUUUGAGAACUACUGGGAUGAAAUUGACAGUCGAGCUUUCUCGUUUAUUAAUCCUCUCACAAGUUAUCCACGAGAGAGUGGAAAAAGAAAUGAUAAUUCCUCAUUUUUCUUCUGUGACAUCAAAAGGUUUGGCAUCUCACCUUGCAUCAGCAGAUCCUUUUUCAAGAUUUCCAAACUUCAGUAAAUUGAACUCAGAUAUUGACGCAAGUUCUUCAAGAGACCUUACUCCUGUUCAAUUAAGUCGGCAGAACCAAAUUUUACAAAAUUUAAGAGCUUCUAUAUCACUAGAGAAGCCAGAUAAUGAUUCGUUGCAUUUUUUCGGGUAUUGGUUUGGUGUUGGGCGUCUCUCAGGUUUCGAUAUGACUCUUUCUGUAUAUGAAAUCCAGACGAUUUCCUCAAUGGCCUCCUCAUUUUCUGGGACAUCCAGCCACAACACAACAGAAGCUUGA